AAAUAGAAAGACUAGAGCCACGCUUUUCUGUGUGUGCAACUGGGUCUGGCGGUGGUGCUCUCCCUUUAGCGGUCCUCUUCUUGAGCUCGUCUUUGGCUUUGUGAUCUUCAAGUCUUCAAGUGGAUCUGUGCUCUCUCUUCAAGUGGAUGAGUCCGUAAGUAGCCACUGAACUGGAUCUUCAAGUGGUCUUCUUCUUCGUGUGGAAGGGUCAUCAUCUUGGAUAGAUGAAAAAGCAAGAUCUUUGGCCUGAUUUCGAAGGCAAAUUUUUGUCGUGAUUUUGAUGACCACUUCAACAUUUGUUGGCUCGGGUGAUAUCUAUUGGGUCAUCUUCGUGGGUAGCUUCUUAGACAUUUGAUUAUGACUAUUGGGUUUAUCAUCGCAGUAGUCUCUCCAUGCGAGCGGCAAUGAUUGGUGAUGAUGCUACUCUUCGUGAGGUCUACAGUUCCACGAGUUUGUUAGGGGAAGCAGCAAUACCAUCUAUGACACUGAUAAUUGGAGCAAAUCUUCUUGGAGGUCUAAAAAGUACUGGAAUAGUUCCAUCACUGAUCAUAGGGAUUAUUGCAAUUCGGUACGUGUUAUUGCCUUCACUGGGUAUUGUUAUUGUUAUGGAUGCAAACCAUUUUGGCAUGGUGGGAUCAGAUCCAUUAUAUCAGUUUACACUAAUGCUUCAGUAUGCUGUAGGUAUGCAUAUGCUUACUAGUUUUUCGUUUCUGUUUGGCUAUGUGAAAGCCCCCUGUUUGAAACCUUUAUACCCAGUGCUUCUUGGCAACAUAUAGAAAAAAUCCAGACAACUUUAUAACAUCUCGAGUUCAAAUGGUUCAGUUUGAAGUGUUGAGCACCUUAAUACUCAACUAAACUUGGCUCGACUCAUCUGUAGUCCUACUUAAGAUUCUAAAUGAUGCGUGGAACAAUAUGGAUUUGAUUGAUGAGUCUCAUUCGGUGAAGUUCCAUGGCCCCUUCCUGGCCAUGGUUUGCUACAAAAAUUCCUGUCUUUAACCUUCUCAAGAAUGCGUUGUAUAUGCAAAAUGUUAAUAACUAAAGCUAUAUCCUGAACAUUGCAGGUACCACUUCUCAAGUGCUUGAGACUGGAGAGAAGGAAUGCUCUUUCAUUAUGCCAUGGACGUAGAUUGUGGCGGCAUUCUCUCAAACGCUGUGGUCUACCAUCUUCAUGUGGCUUGUUUCUUAAUUCGGUUGCUCUUUUCAUUAUUUUGAUGGCCUAACGAUCAUCAUUGAAGGCAAGCACGGCGACAUCCAGAUAGCCACCUAUUCCUUUAUCAUUCCUCUGUACCAACAUUAUUUACUAUUGCCUGUAACGAAACCAACAACCAAAUACUCCAAUGAUAUUAUUUGCUUAAUUUAUCAA